AUGCAAACCGAAACAUUCCAAAUCGCUCUCAAGACUCCCGGUGCAGGACAUGCAAUCACUCAACUGCCGGCAUUUGAAAAAUGGUGUGCUGGAGAGAUUCGGAAAUUUUGGUGCUAUGGAAUCCCUGGAUCUGGGAAAACAGUUCUUGCAUCUAUCAUCAUCGAUCAUAUCUCCAAUCGAGUGAUAGGACAUCGCACCAAGGAAGUCUGUGUCUACUUUUACUUUGACUACACAAAGCACUCCGAACACGGGAUUACCGACAUUCUAUCCACAGUACUAUUGCAACUCUUACAAAAUCAGGAGGUUCUUUCCCCCGAAACUCAGCGCGUCGUUAAUACCUGGAAAAGGACUCGACAAGUCCCAACUGAGGAGGACUACUUCAAAAUGAUUGCAUCGCAAGCGGAAUUGUUUUCCACUAUUUAUUUCGUGGUAGAUGCUCUUGACGAAUGUCUCGACAGCCCCGUUGAAAACACUCUUGCGAUCUUCCUAAGGAGAUGCCAGGACUUGCCGAAGAACUUCAGGAUGGUCUUCACGUCGAGGCCGGGAUCCCAUUUCCAUCGAAUGAUAAGCCCAGAUCAUAAAUGUGAAGUCAAGGCAGAUGAAGCUGAUGUCAAAGCUUACUUCGAAAAGUUCAUCGAAAACCACUAUGAUUUCCAAAAGGUCGUAGAGAACGGCCGCAUAGCGGAUCCGUGCUUCAAAGACAAGAUCAUUACAGCAAUUAUGAAAAAGUCUCAAGGAAUGUUUCUUCUUGCACAUCUUCAUAUCGAAUCCUUGGCUUCAACUCUGAGUCUCGUUGAGCUCAUCAACAAAUUGUCACACCUCUCAGCAAGCCCGCAAGAAGUCUAUCAUCAGGCAAUGGACCGCAUAAAGACGAACUCUGUUUCGAAACGGAUUUUGGCUAUUCAUGCCUUGUCCUGGGUCGUUUACGCUAAGAGAGCUCUCACUGUCGAUGAGCUUCUACACGCUGUCGCGAUUCGUAGUGCCCCACCAUCUUCGUUCACCGACAAUGAGCCGAGAAAGAAUCUCCUGCCUACAUCAUCCAACAUGUGCACGGAAGAAGUUCUUUUAUCAGCCUGCAUCGGCCUCAUCGUCGUUGUCCCCGGUGGCUCUGCAUCUGAAAGGACUGUUCGAUUGGCUCAUGCCACUGCGGCGGAAUUCCUCUUGGCUCAAGAGAUAAUCAGAGAUGAGCAGGCUACCUUUCUGGAAACCUGUUUAAACUGUCUUUUCCACGCCUCAAGUCAGAAAUCUUGCUACUCUGGGGAAGAGCUCAAUAAGCACUGCAAGAUGUAUCCUCUCUUCCGUUACGCAGCGGCUUACUGGGGACACCACUUCUCCGAGGUGCCCAAAGUAAAAGGAAGUAAUUACAAGUUGGCCUGGGACUUUGCAUCAGACGAAGUUAAGCUAGGCAAUGCACUGAGAACGAUGACAGACCCAAGGGUCUCGCACCAGACAAAAGUUUCUGGAGGGCAUGUCUCAGCUUACUUUGGGCUUGAGAGUCUGGUCAGGAGAGCGAUGUCCAAGGCCAGCAAUGUUGACUUUAAUGCCAGAACAAAGAGCGGAGAUACCCCAUUACACUGGGCAGUAGCCCAUAACCAACAAGAUUUCGCGUUGUUUCUGAUCAAUGCAGGGGCGGAUCUCAACAUCCAAAACACCAAUGGCAAGACGGUCCUACACAUGGCGACGGCCAUGGACCACAGACACUUUAUCAACAUUCUAAUAGAGAAAAGGGCAGACCUUGAGCUCCAAGACUCCGAGGGAUACACUUGUUUGCGAUGGGCUGCCCGUUAUGGAUACCAGAGGACUGUUAGUAUCCUGCUGGAGGCCGGAGCAAAGAUCAGCGCGUCUGACAAGGAUGGAUACACAGCGUUACGCUGGGCAGCACGAGAGGGGUACAAGUCGAUCGUUAAGACUCUCAUUGACAGAGGCUCAUCAAUUGAGUCACCGGGCUCAGAGGAGUGGACGCUGAUGAGAUGGGCAGCACAAGAGGGCCAAGACUACAUCAUCAGCCGCUUAGCUAAAAGAGGUGUCAGUUUGAAUAAUCCGGAUUCCGAGGGAUUGACUGCUUUGAGCUGGGCCGUGAAGUACAAGCGAGAGAUGACCGUAUGGCAGCUGAUCAAGGGUGGUGCAGAUGUCAAUAAGCCGGACAAGAAGGGAAACCGACCUCUUCAUCUAGCUGCACACAAUACCAGCGGCGAUCAAGACAGAAGCUCUCUGAAUAUAGUCUGGAUACUCUUACAGAACAAGGCCGAGAUCGACGCCAGGAACAAACACGGAAUGACACCUCUGCAUCUAGCAGCAGCCAGAGGAACCGCCUCAACCGUCUGGCUGCUACUCGAAAACGGAGCGAAUCCAACUCAAGUUGACACAAAUGACCACAACGCAUUAUACAAUGCCGUAACUGGGCUUCAUCUUGGAUGCUGUCAGAUUCUGAUCCAGAAAGCGGAGCAUCUCGUCAACUCCAAGGACUUGUCAUGGCGUACGCCUUUGCAUGACGCGGCCUCAGAGGGGUCCCUCGCGAUUGUCGAAAUGCUCCUACGCCACGAUGCGCAUAUAGAUGCUCAGACCCGCCAGGGUCAGACACCACUUUAUCUCUCAAUCCUCCAAGACCAUCUUAGUGUUGCCGAGUUGCUAGUCAAGAAAGGUGCAAACUUACAGAUCCUCAACACCAACAAGCAAUGGACGGCUUUACACCAUGCAGCAUGGACAGGAAGUAUUCUCAUGGUAGAGAUGCUCAUCAGGAAUGGGGCAGACGUUGACGCGCAGGAUCGACAAGGGUACACUGCGCAGCAUCUUGCGCUUCAGGCUGGACAUGGCGUGAUCGUGGAUUGCCUGAGGGCGACUGGAGCAGAUACACAAUACCUGGAUUCCGAAAGGUUGAAGUCAAAGGACUUGAAUGGAGAAGGCAAAGAGAAAUCAUUCACAUCGACUGAUACCUCUUUCCCUUUCGAGGAAGCGAAAAGUGCUGAGUCGCCACAAACAGAAGAGCGUCCGUGGUGGAAGGGAGAUAGAAGGUUCGCGGCUACUGUGGAGGAUGAGUGA